GUCAUUCUGAAAGCCGAAGAUAUUGCUCAUGUUCUUCGCGAUGGUGUUGCACUGUUGCCUGGCUCUCGUGAUCGUACGGGUCGUGCAAUCAUAGUUUUUCCUCCGAAGGAACACCAACUAAAUUCGGACAACAUUAGAAACAUCCUCCGAUACUUGCAUACCGUGACUGCUGAUGACACUAAGGAGCUCGGAUUCACUGUGAUCAUAGAUAUGCGUGGGAAACACGCUUCAAAUAAUGUUCGACCUAUUCUGAAGUCCAUUAAUGUAAGCAGUUGGCGUAUUCCUCGUUUUUGA